AUGGGUGAGUUUAAGGUGCACAGAGUCCGCUUCUUUGACUACAUGCCCAGUGGGAUCAGAGCUUUAGCGUUUAACCGAGACACUGAAAGGCUGGCCGUGGCCCGAGACCAAGGGUCUUUGGAGAUCUUCAACUUCUCUGAUAACUACUGUCAAGAAAAGAUAUUUCCAGGACGAGACGGGCGGUCCAUAGAGGCUCUGUGCUGGGUGGGAACACGGCUCUUUAGUGUUGGUUUGGAUGGAUUGAUCACGGAGUAUGACUUGGAAAACUUGAGACCUAAGUACGCUGUGGAGGCUUAUGGUGGACCGGUCUGGAGCAUCAGCUGUAACCUCCAGGGGAACCUACUUGCAGUUGGUUGUGAAGAUGGGACUGUCAAAAUCUUUGAAGUAUUGGAUGAUGGAAUUCAGUUUCAAAGAAAUCUGGACAGACAGAAAGGUCGUAUAAUUUCUGUGAGUUGGCAUCCAUCUGGGACAAAGAUUGCUGCCGGUAUGAUGGAUAUGGUCAGAGUUUUUGAUGCUGAAACAGGCCGUGCUGCACUUAGACUGCUGGUUGAGAGGGGUGUAGGUGCCGCUAAAAACAAGGAGGUCGUUGUAUGGAGCCUGGCUUUUCUGUCUGAUAACACCAUUGUCAGCGGGGACUCAGCAGGAAAAGUUCAGAUCUGGGAUGGACUCAUGGGAACACUGGUGCGGAGUCACUUCAUCACUAAAUGGGAUGUCCUUGCAUUGUCUGUUGCUUCUGAUGAGAGCAGUUUAAUUGCUGGAACGUCAGAAGGUCUGGUGGUCCAGUUCCAGUUCCUCCAGUCAUCUGGAGAGCAGCAGGACAGACAGUGGGUCAGAACAAGGACUUUUAAGAACCACUCUCAUGAUGUCCACGCCCUGGUCUUAACUGAUACAGCAGUUGUAUCUGGAGGUAUGGACACUCAGUUGGUCGUGCGUCCUUUGCUGGAUAAAGUUGAAAAAAACACCUCAGAGUCAGAAUUGCGCAAGAUAAUUUUCCCCCUUAAAAGCUUGGUUAGUUGUGCAAAGAAAGCUGGAUUGCUGCUCUUUCAGUUUCCGGGCCAUCUUGAGGUUUGGAGGCUUGGAGAAAGUGAGGGAUAUGGAAAAGACGGAGAUCGCCUAUCGGUCAAGAGAAAACCAGAGAAGCUAAUUCACUUAAAGCGAAAGGGUGAGGAUCACAUCAGCUGCAGUGCUCUGUCUCCCUGUGGAACCUGGCUGGCUUACUCCACAGUCUCCUGUGUUCGACUUUACAGAUUGCAACAAAGUGGAAACAACAUAAGCAUCACCAAGCAACCAGUCCAUCUCUUGGCUCCGAGUGAGGAUGGGAAAUGGCUUGCAACAGCCAACACGGAUAAUGAGGUCCAUGUGUACAACCUCAAGAAGCUAAAGCUUCACUGCACAGUCCCGGUUUAUGACUCUUCUCCCACUGCAAUUGCCAUUCAUCCCAUGUCCAGCAACCUUGUGAUAGGACAUGCAGACAAGCAGGUGUUUGAAUAUUCUCUGGGACAGAAGGAGUACACACUGACGUGGAGCAGAAAGUUGCAGAAACAAGGCUUGCACCCGCAUUGGUUUGAGCGGGACACGCCGAUCAGCCACAUCUCAUUUAACCCUCAAAAGCCCAGCCACAUCCUCCUGAAUGACGCUUACAUGUUAUGCAUCAUAGACCAGAGCUUGCCUCUUCCAGACCACAAAACAAGGCUUUGCAAUCAGAAUACUCUCAGGGGGCUCCCGGAAUCUGAAAGAGUCCAACACAGCCACGCCUUUAAGAUAUGUAAACGGUUUCAGGAUGUCCUGAGUGUGAGCUUUCAAGAGGACGAGUCUUUGGUGAUAGUGGAGCGCCCCCUGUUGGAUAUUUUGUCUCAACUGCCGGCUCCUGUCAGGCAGAAAAAGUUUGCCACAUAA